CGCUGUCAUCCCUGACCACUCUCCAGUGUUGGCAACGACGCCGCUGAGAGUGGUAGUGAUUGUCGGCCGGUUCCAGUGGUUGUCAGACUACGACUCGUCUCGGCGCUCGUGGAAACAAGAGGAAAUAAUACGUGUCUGUUUCAGUACAAAACAAAAGAGAGAGAUUCUGAAUUUGUUGUGCUAAGAAAAUUCGAAAACAGUUGUGAAUUGAAAACAAAACAGAACGAAAAAAGAAAAAGGACAUGAGAUUCUGAGCAAUGUUCUUCGCAGGCACAGCGACGUUCUGACAAUCCCCAGACUGUCGAGUGCGACUCAGAGCAACGGAAAAGGAACCGCGUUGUCGUGACGGACUGAGGAGGAGGAGGAGAUGCUGAGAUGCUGAGCCUAAGAUGCUCUCUCAGGUCUUAGUCGCUUGUCCCCCGGAAGAAGAGAAGUCGCGAGCGCUGCGCGGGUGAUCAUGGGGGACUGAGCCCGGGGGAGCGAGAGAUAGCGUAAGAUUAGUGGGCUGGUUUUACGUCACUUAUUUUUAGGCUUUGUUGGGUUCAGCGCGAGGGAACAGAGAGGGAAAGGUAUUUCUGGUGUGAGUGGAUUGGCUUGGGAGGCGCAGGAAGAGCCAGCAGGACCGUGCCGCGUGGGCGCCAUGCAAGCACGCCCAGCGCCCCCGCCCUGCCCAGCCCGCUCGUCGCGCCCCGCCCCCCUGCCUCACUAUGCGCCCUGAGCCGCCCACCCUGCCGCGCCCUCCACCUCCUCCGCCGCCGCCCCCGCCACAUCUCCCGGCCCGAGUGUGCGCCCACGCCCACGCCCGAAAGCGAAUGGUGAUGUAGAGAGUGCGGGGCGUUUGCUAUGGCUACCCCACCACCCAGCAUGGGCGCCAGCAAGGAAACACUUCACAAGAGCAACAGCGACCCCGUAAAGAGGACGAGGUACCACGUCCGCUCGCGGGGCUCGCCCGUCUCCAAGUGCUUCCUCAAUCUCGACGGAUACUCCUAUGUUAUAGUGGCGAGCCCGCCCGAGAAGAAGAAGGACGCCCUUGAAGAAGCCAACGUGCCCAUCGCGCCCUCCAGCAAGAAUGGACAACUCGCGAAGAAAGGCUCCCUCACCAUCCUGCGGAGGCCCAGCAGCAAGAACCUGGCCGGGCGCGUCUCGCGGCACUCCUCCUCGCAGGACGACGACGCCGUGGACGCCGUCGACCUCGCCAACGACGCCCCGGCCGUCGACAACCCCGACGCCUGCGAGAAGGCAGCCCUCAGGUUGCGAAGCCUCCUGCGCCACCUGCAGCAGGGAGAGGUCCCGGCCGCGGUCCUGCAGCAGAACCUGCAAUUCGCCGCUGACGUCCUCGAGUCGGUCUACCUUGACGAAGCGAGGUGUGAGGAGCAGCAGGAUCGGGCUAUAACCAUCAGUCUUGAGCCUCCGAGCAGGAAGUCUAGGAGAGUCACAUCGAACGACAAAUCCUCAAGGAGGCAGGUCGGCGACGAGGAGGAUGAGCUCUCCGAGGUGGAGCCGGACGCUGUGCCUCAGGAGGUGCGCGAGUGGUUGGCCUCCACCUUCACCCGACAGCUCUCCACCUCGCGCAGGAAGACGGACGAGAAGCCGAGGUUCAGGUCAGUAGCCAAUGCCAUCCGGGCCGGCAUCUUCGUGGAAAGGAUCUACAGGCGGCUCUCCUCGGCCACUUUCCUUCAGCUGCCUCCUGAAGUCACCGAGAUCCUCAAGAGUGUGGACGACUGGACCUUUAACGUGUGGAAGCUGCAGGAGGCGAGCAACAACACACCGCUGCGCUGCCUGGCGUAUGAGCUUCUCAACAGAUACGGUCUCCUUCAUAAGUUCAAGGUGGUUUUUCUUUUCUUUAUUCUAUUUUUUAUUUUUUUGUUGUGUGUGUUAUUGUGUGUUGUUGUUGUUUUUUUGCGGUCUAAAACGCUUUUGUCCCUGCGCCUGUUCCUCCUUUGGUGGAAUCGUCGAGACUCGGGCGACACCUCACGGUUGUUCUUUGGCUUUCUUCCUUCGCUGUUUCUCCCAAUAUCGCCUCUGCUCUACCCAUCUUUCGUAGUUAGUUUACUCUUUCUAUUUAUUUUGCCAAUCAUGCCCCUCUUCCCCUUCAAGAACUGGCUGAACGACGUGGAGAUCCUGGCGACGCUCAUGGCCGCCCUCAUCCACGACUACGAGCACACGGGAACCACCAACAACUUCCACGUUAUGUCCGGCUCCGAGACCGCCAUCUUGUACAACGACCGCGCGGUCCUCGAAAAUCACCACAUCUGCGCCGCCUUCAGAUUGCUGCGCGGCGAAGACCACAACGUGUUGGUGAAUCUUUCCCGCGAGGAGUACAGGGAGUUCCGCUCGCUGGUGAUCGAGAUGGUGUUGGCAACGGACAUGUCGUCGCAUUUCCAACAGAUCAAGGCCAUGAAGACGAUGCUGGCACUGCAGGAUACGAGCCUGGACAAAGCUAAGGCCCUCUCUCUGGUGCUCCACUGCUGCGACAUCUCCCACCCGAGCAAGCCGUGGCACCUUCACGAGCGCUGGACCACGCAACUGCUGGAGGAGUUCUUCCGGCAGGGCGACAAGGAGCGCGAACUCGGCCUGCCGUACUCCCCGCUCUGCGACAGGAACAACACCCUUGUCGCGGAGAGCCAGAUAGCUUCCUUUCCAGGAGUAUCACGCUUGUCGCUGAGAGCCAGCAUGAGAAGCCAGAUGGAGUUGCAGAGUGUUGCAUCAUUUGAUGAAUUAGGUGCAUUUAGUGAGACUCGUUUCUCCUUUUUUUUUCCUCCCACCUUCUUCCCCCUCCUUUUCCCCGCUCUCUUUUCGGGGAGGACAGACCUCCUGAUGCCCCCGGUCGUUGCAGAGCCCGGAGGCCCCAUCAAGCGCCCAGUUCGACCCUGUGGCGUCGUGGGCUCGGAGGUACGGCGCCCCUGGCAGGAUUGUCUCUCGGCGAACAAGAGCAGGUGGAAGGAACGCGCCACGAAAGACGCCGAGCUGCGCGCCGAGGCCGCCCUCAGAAACGAGAAGGUGAACGGCGACGCAGAGGAGACCGUGAUAGAAGACACGAUCAAGGAAGAAGACGAGAACAAGGAAAACAACGGAACGGCAGAAGAAAACGAAGAGGAGAAGGCGGAGGAAAACGAAUGAGGAACGAGUUUAGAGCAAGAUGUUGAUGUUAAUGAGGAUUGAGUGUUGUUUGGUGGUGAGAAGUGUGACACUGAGGUACAGGACGAAGAAGGAAUGUACUUGCUGUUAAAAAAAAAAAGUGACAUUAAAGAGGUUUUUCUAAAAAGCCAAAGUUUUUUUUUUAUGAUUUGCGAUAUUCAAACACAUACAAGUGGCUCAUUGUAUCUUCUGGUACAUAUGAUAAAUACGAAGUUAAAAGAAAGAUAAAAAAAUAAACUCAAUAAACGAUGAAAAUACAAAAAAAAGGAUUUAGAAGAUACAAGUGAACACUGUGAUCUGAGAGAGAGAGA